UUGAAGCCUGGCUGAAGCCAUGCGACGUCACGAAUUUGUCAAAAGUAUUGACGUUCUGAAUAAUUAUUUAACAAAUAAUAAUUAUAAAAUGUUUAGAGCUGAAUAACGAGAAAUAUAUCAGAUUUAAAAGUAAUUUAUUAACAAUUAAAGUUUUGCGAACAUGGAGGAAUUUUUACGCAACAUAGGUGUAGGAUUACGACCUAUCAACGAUCCAUUUUUUGAAGAAUCCUAUAAUACUUGCAAAAUAUUUCAACGCAAAGGAAUCACUGUCGAAGAUGAUGAAGAAUUAUGUCAUGAAGUUAUGAGAGAAUUCCCGUGUUAUGUUACUGGUUGUAAAGCUAUUUUCCAAACGUUGCUCGACUUUGAAAUGCAUUACAACAGCAAUCACAGAUAUGUUUGUGCAGAGUGUAAAAAGUCUCUGCCAAAUCCUCGUUUGUUAGAUAUUCAUAUUCAAGAAUCUCAUGACAGUUUCUUUCAAGUCUUAUCUAUGAAGCAACCAAUGUAUCAAUGUUAUGUGUCAGAGUGUGACCUAAAGUUUAAUAACCCUGUUGAAAGGAGGAGUCAUUGCAUUAAUGUACAUAAGUUUUCUAAGAAUUUCCGAUUCGAUAAUGCUCCACAUUUUAUGAAAGGUGAAUCAAAAAAUAAAAUGGAUAUUGAUGAAGUCGAGACUGAAAGCGAGGUAUCGAAACCUAAGAAAGUAAAGUUAAAUAAAAAUCAGAGGAACAAGAUGUUUACGAGAGCAACGAAAAGUACAACUUUAGUAAAUAAUACAACUCAUGAAAAUCAAUCAGGCUCUUCAAAUACUAAUUCAGGAGCAUCUCCUUUAUUUUUUAUUCCUGCCCAAGUACAAAAAUCGUACACAAAAGCGCUUACUAAAAAUCAGACUAAUGAAAAGAAUGUACUGGAAACAGGAUGUAUGAUGGAUCUCGCGGACUCAUUACCUGAUUGAUGAGCUACUAACAUUAGGAUUAUUUUAUGAUAAAUGACAAUUUUUUUAUGAAUUUUAUAAUAUAAAUAUAUUUUCAGUAUCCCAACAGUA